AUGUCGAAACUGUUCAAGCCGUUGAAAGUCGGGGGUAUUGAGCUGGGGAACCGGCUAGCGUUGGCGCCGUUAACUCGGUACCGAGCGGACGAUGAAUGGACUCCAACACCGAUGAUGAAGGAAUACUACGAACAGAGGGCCUGCGUGCCCGGCACACUGCUCAUCUCAGAGGGAACCCUGAUAUCCCACCGCACCGCCGGCCGCUGGAACGUACCCGGCAUCUGGAACGAAGCCCACAUCGCCGGCUGGAAAGAGGUCACGGAUGCCGUUCACGCGAAGGGCUCGUUCAUCUACUGCCAGCUAUGGCAUCUCGGUCGCGGCGGUAGGGUCGAUGUUCUCCAGCAGCUCGGCUUUAACCUGGAGUCAUCGAGUGCCGUCCCCAUCAAUGAAGACAGUCCGACACCGGUGGAGUUGACGGAGGAUGACAUAACACAAAUCAUCCAAGACUGUGCGCAGGCUGCGCGAAACGCUAUCCAGGCUGGGUUCGAUGGCGUGGAGAUCCAUGGUGCGAAUGGUUACCUUCCAGACCAGUUCCUCCAGGAUACAUGCAACAAGCGCAACGACGCCUGGGGCGGGAGUAUCGAGAAGCGAGCGCGCUUUCACUUGGAGGUGACCAAGGCCGUGAUCGAAGCUGUCGGAGCGGAUAGGACCGCCGUCAGGCUGAGUCCGUACAGCGACUUUCAGGGGAUGCUCAUGGGCGACCCGGAUCCGACGUUCAAGUACGUGACGGAGCAGCUGAAGCCGCUGGGCCUGGCAUACCUGCAUCUGAUUGAGGCGAGAAUCAGCGGCAACGAUGACACGGACACUGGUGGACAGCGGACUGUCAAGUGGCUCGUAGAGUUGUGGGAUAACACGAGUCCCGUAUUGCUCGCCGGGGGAUUGAACGCGGAGACGGCGAAGAAGGCUGUCGAGGAAACCUACAAGGACUACGACGUCGCCAUCGUCUUUGGUCGAUUCUUCAUCUCGAAUCCUGACCUCGUCUUCCGGAUCAAGGAGGGUAUCAACCUGGAGAAAUAUGAGCGGACGUAUUUCUACACCCCGAAGCUGCCGAAAGGGUACAUUGACUACCCCUUCUCCCCUCAAUUCCAGGCUACUUUGAAGGCUUGA